GGCAACUCAUGUGUAGUUCUCCUCUUAUUUUCUGAAUACUUGAAGAUUAAAAAGGCUCCACUCACAACUGGACAGAUGGAUCUGAAGCCUCAAACUGCCUCACAAGUCACAGGAAUUGUGGUGGUGAACAUUAUUUGGUGGAUGGUAAUGAUAGCAGCCAUUGGACUGGGGGCCACGCACCUGACAAGUUGUACCAUACAGCCCCACAUCCCCAUUUACCUGAUAGUGCUGGGGGCAAACAGCAUCCUCUCACUGACUCUGACCUACACCAGCAGCGCCUUUGAUGACGGAGCGAUCUACGUCCUGUCCACAGCCUGUAUGACGGUUCUUCACAUCUUCAGUUUUGCCUGGUUCAUAGCAGGCAGCAGCUGGAUUUAUUCUGUCUAUCCUCCAAACUACUUACCUGGAAACGCUCCGUACUGCCACAAGGUGACCUACCAGUUUGCGUUUGUCGUCACUACACUGGUGUGGGUCGCACUGGGUCUCAUUUUCUUCUGCGGCUGUUGCUUCGGCAUGCUGAUCUGCUGCAGGACUAUAUGUGCUAGACGUCACUUGAUACCCAACCGAGGCAGUUUCUAUGGUGCAAUAAGUGAGUCUGCUGGUGAUGUGUGAUUUAAAUCCCAGAUUAUGUCCUCAGGUAUUUAAGGAAAUUGUCUUUUGGCCAGUGAUGCAGAUGUUGAGCCUCUUUCUGAGGAUUGAUUUUGUUUUAUCACUGUGAGGGUUAUUAAAGCUUUCCUCUGCAGCUGCAAACAAGAGUAUUUAAAAAAGCACAUUUCCAAAAGUCUACUUGAUUUUUGUUUUUCUGCAGACUUCUCCCAAAUGCCAUAAAUAAAGGUGGCUUAUUGCACCAUACACCAAAAAGUUUGAGGUGUUUGCUUUAUGUUGCAGCACCUCGGGGUUUUUUUUUUUUUUUUAAGCCCUUCUUGUUUUCCACACGCUGAUGAAGUCAGACCUAUUAACUGCUGAAACAUCACAUCCCUUUUACACGCCACCACACCACCACCAUGAGUGUGAAACUUCCUGUUUGCACCAGAAAAAAACUGUCAGUGACUCUGCAGUAGCAUCUAACAAAAUGUUGGUGGUACUGGUAUUUUGUGUGUUUUUUGUUUUUUUUAUAUAUUCAGUUCUGCCAUGUUUCUGUGAGUCAUUUUUAGUGCAUUUCAGUAUGGUGCACAAAGAAUUAACUGAACAGUGUUGCUUGAAAACAAAAGCUUAUUUUCUUUUUUUUUUUUUUUUGCAUGAUUUCAUGGUUUUUGAAAAGGGAAAAUACUCAACAAUCCAUGUUAUCUUUCUAUGUAGCAUGAGAUUAAUAUG